AUGGGCGACUUCAAUACUGACCUCUUGGUUCCUACCUCACCCCGUUCUUCUAAACUCCUUCAUAUUGUCGAGUCGGUUGGUCUCCACAUCCUUCCGUUACAAGCCACUCAUCACAAUACUGAUGGAAAUGACACUUGGCUUGACUUAAUCCUUACAUCUUCCCCUACCCUCGUGUCCUCCCAUGGUCAACACCUUGCUUCUGGCUUCUCCCAUCAUGACCUCAUUUUUCUUUCUUAUGUCCGAAAACCUCCUAAAUUGCUGCCUAAAAUCCUGCACAUGCGAUGUUUUGGUCGUAUGGAUUUAGAAGAGUUGUGUUUAGAUGCGUCUAAAUUAAAAUGGGACAGUGUGGUGGGCGCCUCUACUGUGGACGAGAAAGUCAGUGCGUUUAAUGAUACUAUUCUUAAGCUUUAUGAUGUACAUGCACCAGUCAAGAGGGUGAAAGUCAAGCGACCACAUGCUCCAUGGAUGACGAGAGGUGUUCGCAUAGCCAUGACGCGUAGUGACCGGGCUUUUCAACGUUUUAGAAGAGAGCGGAGUGAAGAGAGAUGGAACCUCUAUAAAGCUGCUAGGAAUCGGUGUAAUCAGAUGAUACGUAACGCUAAACGCCGAUAUAUUCUUGAUAACAUAAUUUCCUCUUCCUCUGCCGAUAUUUGGAAGUUCCUUAGGACUCUCGGAAUCGGUAAACAGCCACAUUUUGAGUUUCAGGGGACACUUGGUUUGGAUGAUAUUAACAGACAUCUUGUUUCUCAUACUCCUCUGGAUCACCAAACCAAGUGUCACACUGUUGAUUACUUAAAUGGCUUACCUUGUCUAGAUAUUGAUCCCUUCCAUUUUUCUCCAGUUGCUUCGGAUGAAAUUAAAAAGAUAAUACUUUCCAUUAAGUCAAACGCUGUGGGUUGCGAUAACAUCAGCCGCCGUAUGAUCAUUUAUAUCCUUGACCAUAUUCUUCCAGUUAUUUCCCAUAUCAUAAACUUCUCCCUAAAUUCCGGAGUUUUCCCGUCGUUGUGGCGCAUGGCCCACAUUAUUCCCUUGCCGAAAACUUCCAAUCCGACUUUACCCAAUCACUUCAGACCUAUAUCCAUUCUUCCUUUCCUAUCCAAAAUACUUGAAGCCUGUGUACAUAGGCAACUAUCUCUGUUUGUUUAUAAGAACAAUUUAUUAAGCCCUUUUCAGUCUGGCUUCAGGCCCGGUCACAGCACUGUUUCCGCUCUUCUUAAGGUCACUGAUGACAUUAGGGCGGGCAUGGAGGACACCAAAGUCACUGUACUGGCUUUGGUUGACUUUUCGAACGCCUUCAAUACCAUCAGCCAUGACAUCCUACUUUCUAUCCUUUCCCAUUCCAUGAUUUCUUCCGAAGCACUGGACUGGUUUUCAACUUAUCUUCGGGGACGUCAGCAGUCAGUCCGCAUUGGUGAGUCUGCAUCAAGCUGGUGUGACAUAAAUGCUGGUGUCCCUCAAGGCGGUAUUCUGUCUCCAUUGUUAUUUUCAGUAUUUAUUAAUCUUAUCACCCACAACCUCCAGUGUGCGUAUCAUCUAUAUGCCGAUGACCUACAGUUGUACGCACAGGCGAAUGUGGAUUGUUUGUCCGUCGCAGUGGAUAUGGUCAACAAGGACCUAGAGCAUAUUAAGAGCUGGUCUGACAGGUUCGGUUUAAGUGUUAAUCCAUCCAAGUGUCAAGCAAUAAUACUAGGUAGCCAUCGCACAAUUAAAAAAGUAGACACUACAGCUCUUCCCGCGAUCAUUUUCAACGGUUCUGUUUUGGGAUUAUGUUCUUCGGUUAAGGAUCUUGGCUUAAACAUUGACUCCACUUUGAGCUGGCAUGCCCAAGUGACAAAUGUUAGCCAGAAAGUCACCGGUACCUUAUGGGCUCUUUACCGUCUGAAAAAUUUCCUUCCAUCCGGGAACAAAACAUUACUUGUGCAAUCUUUAAUUCUUCCCCUGAUUGAUUACUGUGAUGUGUGUUAUUUUGACCUGAAUGCAGAUCUUCUUGACAAAUAUGAUCGUCUUCUUAAUAACUGCAUUCGAUUCAUUUUUAAUCUUCGUAAGUAUGACCAUGUGUCUACUUAUCGUUCCCAACUUAAGUGGCUUCCCAUUCGUCAGCGACGAAGUGUGCGCGCACUCACAACCCUAUACUCCAUUCUGAUGUCUCCUACUCCCCCCUCUUACUUAACUUCUCAUUUCCAGUACCUUUGCUCUAGCCAUGACAGAAACCUGCGUUCUUCGAACAACCUUUUACUAAAGUGUCCCUCUCAUAAAUCUGGCUUCCUACAUUCUUCCUUCACUGUACAGUCUGUUCACCUCUGGAACGCACUCCCUCUUGAAAUUAGAACGGCUGAUAAUCGUUAUGCAUUCAAGAAGAAAAUUCGUGAACAUUACUUUAAUAAACUGGCAGAAUCAUCUCAUUUGUAG